AUGAAAUGAUAAAAAUGAUAACCCUGACAUACAAAUGAUAAAACUCAGAGGCAGUUAGGUAACCUUGAACAAUGUCCUUGUAAAAAACUCAUGCCAUUAGAAACGUCUCCACCAUCAAUUGUGUAAUGGUGAUGCAUAUUCUCUAGCUAAAUCAGCUUUUGUUUGUUUAAACAGUUUCUCCCUUAGUGGAGUUUGAAGGUUUAAAAUCUCUAAUUGAAUACACCCCCUUAAUGUGUAUGGUGUGGAUCAUUGUUGUUUAAUAUCACAAGUGCUAUAACAUUCGCACAAUUGCUUCCUUUUCUUAAUGUUACAUUGUGCUUUAGUUGGUAUCUUUGAGGUAAUUUUGGUUAGAUCUUAUGCUUUAGUUUUAGUUUUCGAUACAAGAACAUACUGCACAAAGAGAUCAUCAGUGACAGUAAUUGUGAGGUUUUAACCUCCUUAACUCAAGCUUUAUGUCUCACAAGCACACAACUACUAGUCUUGAAGCUUAAGAACUGACUUGAAGAAUGUAGAACAGAGACUAACAAACUGAAACAGAAAGUGAUGCAGAGACAGAGAAGUGUUUAACAAUGGAGAUGCAGAGAAUAUGAAUAUGAUGCAGAUCUGUUAAAGAAGAAUGAUGCAGAGCUGGAAAAAUAAAGGGAGCACACAAGAUUUAACGAGUUCGGAACCUACAUCUCGCCGGGAAACCUCCCGGAAAUCCACUAAACCACUUCAAGAUUACAACUUUGUUCUCUCACCCUCUCCGGUAACUUACAAAGCUCUCUCUUUCUUGUUUCUCCCUCUUUUCCCCAACCCUAGCACUCCUUCCCUCUUUCUCGUCUGCUCCUAAAUGAAUAGAAGUAAAUGAGACAAAACUUGUGGUCCCUAAACUUGGUCUCCAAGCUGGUUGUACGAACUCCUCUCAUUGGCUCUUUCAAGUAGGGUCGCGAACUCCAGAUGAUAAAGCAACAGUGAGAAAUUUAGCUUGUGCUCAGACCCUCCACAUGCUUUAGAGUCUUUUCUUUUCCUUUGAAGACUCGAGACAACCGUUGCAAUCAGAAUUGACUCCUUCCUCUUCAUAUUUCUUUUGUCUAAGCCACUCAAACUCAACAGUAAUGUUCAUGGCAAACAAAAGAGUCGUAAAAAGUGAUGAUCAAUAGAUAUCAAAUAGAACCAGGGCAGCCAAUUUAGAAAGCCUUCUUAAUCAAACGAUACCAUCAGUGACCUGAUAAGCUUUUGAUAGUAAAAUUAGGCAUGUGCAUUCGGAUUUCGGAUGUUCGGAUUUUUUCAGAUUAGGAUAAUUUGGAUAUAAGAGUUCAUUAUCAGUUCGGGUUUUACGACUAUUCGGUUCGGUUUUGAUUCGGAUAGGUGUUGAAUUCGGAUCGGUGUUUUGGAAAAAAAUUAAAAUUGUUGAUAAAUAUUAUAGUAUAGUUUUAACAAAUAUAAAUUAAAAUUUUCAUGAUAUCUAGUUUAUUUUGAAUAUUUUUGUUAUUUGGUAUUUUUUGGGUAUAAAAUUAUAACUAUAAUAUUUUUGGAUAUCAAAUUUUAUUUCGGGUUUUCGGAUAUAUAUAUUGUUCGGUUUUUGGUUCGGAUCGGGUACGGUUCGAGUAAUUCGGAUAGGAAAAUUCAUUAUCCGUUUAGAUUUUAUGACUAUUCGGUUCGGUUUCAGAUUCAGAUUUUUCAGAUCAAUUCCGCAUCGGUUUUCGGAUUUCGGGUUGUAUGUCCAUGCUCAAAAUAAUCAAGAUCUUGAAAGCAAGUAAACAUUUUUUAAGUUAUGAUAUGAGGGAAUUUGCUAUGAUAUACAUUAACAUCAUUGGUGAACCCAAUCAUUGUGUUGGCCACAAGAGACAGUAAACUCGCUUAAGAAACUUCGAGUUGGUUAGGAUGUAGAUUCAUGUCGUACCCCUCAAACGAAGAACAUUAACCGUUGCAUAAUAGAAAAUCGAUAACGAACAAAUUUCAGGCACAAGAAUUUUUGGAAAAAUCAACAUCCACACAUAACACUGUUUACUUCAAUAUGUAAAACUAUGUAACUGAACGGCUCUAAUCAAACGACUUAAUCAAUUUCACCAAUCGUCUAAUUACAAACCUUGGCAAAAGUAAAAUUCAGGAGGAGAAUGCUUACAAAUAGCAAUCAGAGGACACGCUCCAUUCUCGUUCUGGACAAGGAAAGUGUUAAAUGUGUUUCAGCUCGGGUCAACAGCUCCUAAGUGAGUCAACCACGUUCGAGUACUUAGAACUGGUUUGAUUUAAGAAGAUUAACUGAUUCCGGUUAAAAGUAAUAUACUGUAGUAAAAUCGUUUUAGAGAAAUCUUAUUAGGUUAAUUUAGUUAUUUUCAAUAUUUAUAAGGUUAGUAUAUCAUCCUUUAAAGUAAGGGUCUUUUAGCUAAAAAACCACAAAAAAAAAAGAAGUUAUUUAAGAAAUCGACAGUUUGUUUAGUAGUCGAGGACAAGCGGAAAAAAAGUUGAUCUAUUAGUCUCAAAGUGAAACGAUAUUUACAAUUGAACCAUUAGAUGCGCGUGGGGGAGAAUUUGUGACGUCAGUACUCAGGUUUGACUUUCGUGUACAAUAGAAGUAAAUAACUGUCAGACGAAGUGAUAGAAGUGGAAGACUUGAACUGAAAGAACCGGCUACAAAAGGAAGGACAUGACGCACACUUUAUUACGCGCAGGGAGCAAUUAAAUGCAUCAGUAAAUUUGAACCGUUAUUGAGCGGAAUUGGGCGGGAAUGAAAUGUUUUGAACACCUAAAGAGCAUUUGUAGACGCCCAAUAAAUAGCUGGCCUUGGUUGCGUAGAAAUGAAAGCGAAAAAAAAGGAAAAAAAAAAAGAGAGUAAAAAGUAGCUACUGCAACUGCUCCGAUCUGAGAAACACUUGCCGAGAAAGUUGAUCAGAUGGAAGUCACUGACGAGCGAAUAAGCGACCUCGUACGGACUUAUAUAGGGAGAUGGAUGAAAGAUCCGACUGACCUUUGGAGGUUCACGGGGUGGGAGGACUGCCUAGGAAAGUACAUCCGUUUUAGAGAAGGCGAUGGUGUGGAUGCUGCGAAAACAAAAGUCAUGACCGCCUUCGAUAUCGACCCAGACAGUGAGAAGGUGGAGCUAACGUAUGAGAUGCCGGAGUGGAUGGACGUAGACGGAUCUGUCAAACCGGUGCCCAUUCACAUCGUCACUGACGAUGAUAUGGAUAUGUUUCUCGCCAUGCGUGUGGAUAUCCAUGAAAUGAAGCUUUAUGUUGUCCGUAUGGCUCUAAACAUGACACUGGAGAUAGACGGAUUCAAGGUGGUUACAACUAUGGACGACCACUCGUUCGCGGAAGUCAUGAGCAAGGAAGAACUGAUUAAAGAACAGGGAAGGAGAGACGCGAAAGAGGCCAUUGAUAACAUCAUAUUCACCCAACUCCCAAGGGGACACGUAGCUGAAAGCAGCAACACGCCGGUUGGGUGGAUAGGGCACACGUACCAAGCAGAAGGUUUCCCAAGCCUAUCCGCCGCCAUGAGACACUUCAGAUCUGUAAACGAAGCUAUAAGGGAACGUGGUUCACCACAGAGUGUCCUGAAUCUUGAUGACAGCUCUGAUGAUGCGGAAAGCGACAGCAAUGACAUAACAUUGACAAGAGAUCUGUUCAAAGAGUUUGAAAAAGCGACGACCCCAAAGGAGAAAACUGGCAGUACAUCCGAGGAGCACAAAGAAGCGGAAGGGGACAAGAGAGGAAAAACAAUUGGUAAGAGUACUGUCAUCAAAGAUAUAGUAUUGGGUAGGAUUAGUGUGAUAUUUAGUGGUAAAGGAAUUAAUGGAUUGAACUUCAAUAAUGGUUUAGCUUAUGCUGGGGAGGGAACCACAGCAAACGAACCACGACCUCAGAGCCAACCAUAGAGGAUGCUAAGGUUGCUGAACCUACCGGUACAAACGUUUACCCGGGAUGCAGCGCCUGUGGUCGAUGACACAGAUCCGGCUGGUAAGCUAAACCUAAUUUGAAACAGAUAACCAGACAAAAAAUAUAGAUAUAAAGAUCUAUCCCAAAAGUUAGCACUGUAUUUAGUUACGUGAACUGAUAUUAUCACAUGUUGGACUGUUAUUUGAAUUACUAUAUACGAAACAUUUGCAGAUGAUGAUAGGACAAGGGCUGUUGUGUUGGACGUUGACUACGAAGGUGAUGACCUGUUCAUUGGGCAAGUGUUCAAGAGUAGAGAUGACUGCAGGGUGAAAAUAGUUGUACAUGCAACUAACCGGAAGUUCUGUUUCCGCAAUGAGCGCACAACCCCUGACAUGGUUGUUGUACGAUGUAUCUAUCCUACAUGCCCUUGGAGAGUGUACUGUGUUUGACUCGAAGAUUCAGAAUAUUUCCAAAUUCGGGCCCUUACUUUGGAGCAUACAUGUCCAAUUGAAGCUAGGAGCCAGUUCCAAAGACAGGCGACGACGUCGGUGAUUUCUGAUAUUAUGAGGGCAAGAUACAGCAGAGGUGGUAGAGGGCCAAGUCAAGGGUCGCUCCGAAGAACUUUGUUGGCCGAACUAAGUGUAAAUGUGUCUUGCUGGAAAGCUUGGCGUUCGAGAGAGUUGGCAAUGGAUAUGGCAAAGGGUUCGGCAGCCGGCAGCUACGGUAUACUCCCCAAGUACCGGCACAUGCUAAAGAAAGAAAAUUCCGGUACGGUGACCGAUUUAAGAACAGAGCUGGCUGGUAAUGGUGAUGCAAGGUUUAAGUUCUGUUUCAUUGCUCUUGGGGCCUGCAUCCGUGGCUGGAGUUUCAUGCGCGAUGUGGUCAUCGUCGACGGUACACACUUAAGAGGGAAAUACGCCGGAUGUCUACUUACAGCAAGUGCCCAAGAUGGGAACUUUCAGAUAUUCCCACUUGGAUUCGCGGUAGUAGACAAUGAAAAUGACAAAGCCUGGGCUUGGUUUUUCAGUUGCCUGAAGAAGUUUAUACCCGAUAAUGAAAACCUAACCUUUGUUUCCGAUCGACACUCCUCCAUAUAUACUGGGCUUGGACGGGUACGCCGGGCAUGUAACUUCAACUAUAAAAGUUAGACAUAUAUAAAUACUAAUGGACUGGUAUAACACUAUAUGGAGCGUAAUAUUGUUUUUUGAAUGUAACAGGUUAAUCCUAAGGCGAAUCAUGGGGCAUGUGUCAUCCACCUCCAGAGGAAUGUUGCUGCUAAGUUCAAGAAGCCAAUUCUGUAUGGUCUAAUCUCCAAAGCGGCUAGAGCUUACAUGAAAUCUAUGUUCCAUGAGUAUUUCUCGGAAAUAGAGAAAGCAUCCCCAGAGUGCGCAGAGUAUCACAUGGCAAUCGGAUUGGAUCACUGGACGAGGUCGCAUUGCCUUGGGGAUCGAUUUAACAUAAUGACUUCAAACGUGGCAGAGUCUCUUAAUGCAGUCUUGAAGGAAGCCCGCGAGUUACCAAUAGUGUCAACCCUAGAGUACAUAAGAGGGACACUCAUGGCCUGGUUCACCAACCGAAGGGAUAAAGCAUCUAAACACGACAAGCCACUAACGCCGAAGGUGGAAGAAAUUGUGCAAGCAAACUACGAACGCUCCACCAGUUAUGAAGCACUGACAAUAAACAAGGGAUAAUACGAGAUAAAGACAAUUACUGGUCUAUCUUACAUUGUGGACAUCGGGAACAAAACUGUGACACCCGUGACCUCCUAUCUGGAGAACAGCGUGCCACCAACAAUAUCUCGUAACAUAAUAGCCCAUAUACACGAUUCCACUCACUCUAAGCCCAAAUAAAAAUCCGAAUAAAAAGCCCAAUAGCACCAAUCCGUCCAAAUAUCAUAUACUCGUAUGUCUCACCUGAAAUGGGGAAGAAAGAGGGGUGAGUAACGGGGAAGUCACUCAGUGAGGUAUGGGAUACUAAACCCGAAGUCCAUGAACCCGGCUACAGCACUCUGAGUAAAUAUAAUUUAAUCAUAACACGUUGCAUGCACGGUACCUAAAGUACCCAGAGAUUACACAACAGUCCUAGCGAGGUGCACACUCGCUGCCCACUAACAGGCCAAAACACCACCGAAUAUGUGUUCGGUAACACACGCCCGUAAACGAUUUAUCGACCUCGAAGCUUUGGCACAACAGGUCGACUAAGCUGUUCCGCAUCAUACACCACACCCAAUGUACUGGUCUCCGACCGACACAUAGAAUUACGUCUCUAUGGUCGGCUAACACCCCAAUCACAACAAUAUACUAUAUAUAUAUAUAUAUAUAUUACCAAUUAUAAAUGAACAAGCAUUGUUGAACCAUCUAACACCCUAGUUCCGGUUUAAGCAAAGAACCUAAAACUAAUCAAACAAUGACAGACUCGAUUUCACAUAGACGAAACACAUUAGAAAUAAAUAAUACUUAUUCGAGGUCUUAAGCCGUGUAAAAGAAGUUCGGAAAAAGAUCUUCACCUUUAUUGAAGCCCACAUGAGAAGCCCAGUUUCUAAUCCAUGUAAUUAGGGUUUAUAAGUCUAUAUAUAUGUCGUUAGUGUCCUCAUCAAUGUAACUUUGGUUGCCAUAGUUGCAGCCACUUUAAACUUCUUUUAUAAAUCAAUCAAUAUACUUAGCUCUUGGUGACAACUCUCAAGCUUUCUCUUUUAGUUUCUUUGUCAUUCAAUAAAGCUCUAUCAGCUAUUAGUCUCCAAUAAGCUUCUUAGAGCACAAAUCUAUCUUUUAUCUUUCAAAUGUCUACAACCUUAGCCAAGGUUAGAGAUAAAGAAAUCAACCAAGAAGCAAAACAGGUUGACUUGUGGAACAAAGAAACGUCUUAAUAUAAUAAUGCCUUUCGCCUUGGUUUGAGAAAGUGGCACCUCCGGCCAAUUGGAACAUAAAACAUUAUCAUACAAAGGAAAAAAAGGUGAUUAGAUUAUGGUCUAUACUUUAUAGAACUUGACGUAAGAAUCAAGUAUUUAGGUAGACAACCCUAACCUUGGUUUAGCUUGACCAAAGAGCACGUGUUGAGAUCUUUACGUAACGUGAACGUCACAUGGUAUUACGUACAUCACAUGAUCAUAUAUACGAUUUGCAACACGAGAUGAAACGGACACAAACAUGAAGCGCUUGAUGGCAUUGAUGACAUGGCUAUGACGACGUCAACGGGAAGACCAAACCGGAGCUGAUGACUAGAGAUCAAUCAAAGGUGGAGGAGAAUAAGCUUGCUACACAAGAAAGUGUGAGACCAUGAUCUCACUUGCUCGGAUCUCGACAAUGAUGGCUUGCGAUAACUCCAUUGACGAGGACAUGGCUCUCAGGUGGUGGCUUGUGGCUUAUGCCGGCGCGAAUCAGUGGUUGACGGUGGUGAGGAGAUGGUGGCUCCGCCUUCAAGUUAUCUCCUCAUCUCGGUCAUGUUCACCAUCUAACGGAUCCGAUACAUAACUUCACCAUCAUAGACGCGGCGGCACAGAACGAAGCGUGUGGUGGCAUGGCUACUACUCCGGUGGUGAAGAACGGACAUAAGCGAUGAGAUGCGGCGGCUUCGACGUUAAUCAUCUCUUCCUCCAUGCCGCUAAUGAUCGUCAAUCAUAGAAGGAGAACAUGAGCGAUGGCGGAAGGGAGAGCACGUGUGUGGAGAUGGAGGAUUGAUAAAAAAGAGGUGCAAUGGCGGCUCAUGCUUACUUAUAUAUAUACUAGGUAUGAUAACACACACACGUAUAGGUUAGGGCAAAUGGGUGGAGUACGGGAUUAACAAUAAUUAAAUAAUUAGAAGAAAACCAAACCAUCUGGUUUAGUCUAAAGGAAUAAUUCAAUUAGACCAAUAGACCGGGUUACGGUCGUUACAAUUCUUCCCCACUUAAUCGAAAUUCGUCCUCAAAUUCAAAUCUUUACCCGACUGUCCAAUAACAUCCUAAAAGAAAAUGAUAGUCAGUAUUCUUUGGAUCUCGGUCUCCCGGAUCUUCUCCUGGAUUCGUCUCUCUGUCCUAACAAACAGUGAUCAACAUAGUAAUAAUUCCUUGUACCGCUUUCACUUGCCGAUCAAAAAUCUCAACUCACUGAAUAGGUGUAAACAUUUUUUUUAGGUUGUUCUUGAGCAUUUCUAUUUGCUUCAACGUCCCUUAAACCAUUGGUUACUAUACAUUAGAGUGCUUCCCCACUUUGGUCUAUCAUUGCAUGUGUACGAAGGAUCUUCCAUAAAGAGGCUUCAUAAGGUGAUAUCUGAAUGCUAGAGUAAUAAUUGUUACUAUACAUGAACUAUUUCAAUGGUAGAUACUUUCCUGAAUUUUUUUUUCUUCGCGAGCUAAGUACAAGUCCUGGACAUGUCCUCUAGAUUUUAGCUU